CAUUGGCUAUUUCUACAUGGACGCCAUUCUCGAUCUUGGCCUCCAGAGCAACUCGAAAUGCGAAUAGUAACACCAACGACAUUUCUCUUACGUUGAUUCCGCGAGACCACGAUAAUGAUAAUAAUGCAACAGAAUCGGAUCAGUUGGCUUCUCGUUUAAUAAUACAACUGUGA